GAUAAGUUCAUAGCCACGCGAACAGGAGGAUUGAAUGGAGAAUACAAGAGCUUGGAGAUUGAUUUGUCGACAGGCUACUUCUUUAACCAGGUCAAUCAAAGGGGUCGGAUGACUCCAGAUGACUUGAAGAUCCUUGUGGAUAUAAUUUCAUCUGAUCAAUUCAAAUUGUUGGACCCAAAGUAUAUCACACCUGGAUCAUCAUCACUUGCAUAUAGAUAUACAUUCUCUGCCUACGACAAAUAUGGAACAACCCUAGACCUAAAGUCCAAAUAUCCACCAUUCCUAGACAGCUUAAUUAGUAUAUUCGAGAGAUAUAAUUCAUAA